UUUCUACUUUUUUCAGUCUUACUCAAACGGAGACUUGAUUAGGCUACAAUAAAGCAAUCAGAAGAUGUAAAAGCUCUAUUUUUGGAACAAGGGUUUUUGAUCGUAUUGUUUUCACUACUGGAAGCAGGAUGGGGGAUAAAUUGAAUCCAGCUCCCAAAGAAAGUGGUGGCGGCAUUGUAAGUUCAGUCAACAUCUAAUGUUGCUUAUUUUCCUCAGACUAAUCGUAAAUUGCAUGGUGACUUUCGCGGUCUGUAUGGUCUAAAUUGCCCUUAAAGCUGCAGUGAUUAUUAACGCAACCGAUUAUUUUUUAGCUGAAUCGCAUCACGUCAAUGCGAAAACAGACAAAGAAGAACAAGGAGAAAGAUGUCAACGGCCAUAAGAUGAAGGAGCGUUUGAAGAGCACUCAGGAGGAACCGCUGUUUGACCAAGACAUGGAGGAGGAGAUUGAAAGAAUCAGGCAUUUAUCGCCGGAGGAAUUCAACAAAAUGUUUGAGAAAAUGCUGGUACGUCAUUACUUAAGAUCGUCAUCAAGUUAGCACCUUUCGCGAAGUUUCAAACUAUGUUUGCAAUUGUGAUAACACACCGUAAAUUCCGGUCCUUCGGGCGAUGCGUUAUGCAAAUUACUUUCGAAAUUUCUGGGGUAAUUUUUUUUGUAGCACUUACUCUAAUCACAAACAAUCAAGUUUUAUUGUAGUGGCUCAGACGUAUUAAUUUCUUAAUAUCAUUUUUUUAAGCGGCAAAAACGUGGCACCGCAUUGUAACUAUUCACCUCAAAAAUAUCGCCCGUAUUUUCGUGCAUGUGAGCAUUUAAAAUAAUAUUGGAUGUUGCUAAAUUGUAAAUGUCUGCUCAUUAGAGCUGAUAUUCAGCGAGAUUAAGCUAACUUCAAUAUUCAGGAUAAAUUAGAAAUUAUCUUUAUUUCAUCUAAGUCUCUGCAUGGAUAAAAUUAUCAUAUUGCUGUGUGUUGAAAAACUAAGUCCGUUUAACCGUAAUUUACGUUUGCAACUCUCCAUUACUUUGUGUAAACAAGUAAAUAUAUUCUGCGACUGAUGUUCAAAGGUUUGAUCGAUAGCAGUGUCAUUCUUCAAUGCAAGGCACGUACCAAAAAAAAUUGCCAAGUUCUGUAUUGAAAUAAUAUAGAAUGUUUUCUAGAAGUUGGUGGCUUUACCGUUUAUGUAUCAGAUGCCUUUUUGAGGCUUUCUAAUGACUUUUUGUUAGAGAGGUAUUAACCCACAACGGCCAUUAGGCUACAAGGUCAUAUAAGAUAUCUGCUUACAUAAAUGUAUCAUUUUAUGCAGUUGUACAUAAUGUCACUGAUAGCUUUUGUACUUUAUACAACAUACUUUUAAAGACAACUCCUUGUUAAAUAACUUAAUGCCAAGCCCUGUCUUAUUUGAAUUUGCCCUGUCAUGUGUUACUACUGAAGAUAAAAUUUUUACAUAUGUCAGGAAGUUGUUAUUACAUAGCACUUAGAAGUGUGCCAGAUAUAUGUGAUAUCUGUGAGGUCCACCAUUAUUUUGUGAGUUUUGUUUUGGUGAGGGUUUCGGAAAAGAAAACUAGAGAACUUUGUUUACCAUUUUGUGAGCUAGGCAGAGAAAUGAGGAGUUGUAAGCACUCCAGAUCUACAACUUUUACAUUUAACUCAAAUUUCUAAAAUUGGUCUGCCACUGGCAGCAGUAAACAUGUUGGAAAAUGUAUUAAAUUAGUGAUACAAAUUUUUGGAUGAAAACAAAUUUUGGUAUCCCUCAAGCUCACUGCUGCUGAAGUGGGUUUAUCAUAUGUCAGUGUAGUUCUUGAUAUUGGAUGACCUCGCCAACUCUAGUUAAACGGUUAAUACUGUUCUGAAAAAAAAAAACUGUUUCUCUCUCUUUGGUAUAUAGGAGGACAUGAACCUGUCAGAAAAUCUACGGGAACCAAUUCGCAACAGAGAAAUGGAAACAAAGGUGGAUAUGUUGUGCAGCUUUAAAAGGAGACAAAUGGCAUCACAGGUAAAGUGAUAAAUGAAAGCAAGUAAUGCUGACACACUGCAUGCUUGAAUGUACAUGAGCAUGUUCUUUCAUUAUUAAUAAUUACCUUUACAAUUUUCUCAAAUGUGAUUGGUGCAUGAGCUGCUUUAUUUUUCACUUUUCAUUCUGUAAAGUUGUAAUCCAACAGUAUAAUCAGACAGGUGGCUGUGAUGGAAUGUUUUUUUCCUGAUCCAUUUUGAUUAAUCGGUAACAGGACUUUGAGUUGUCCAAUUCUGUUGGAAUCAUACUGGUAAUUGACAAAUUAGUCUCCUGCUAUGUGAUUAUCUGACUUUGUUAAUCACCUGUAUGAUUACAGACUGAAUUGGACCCCACUCAGUCUUAUUACCAUUAAUAAUAAAGGUAAUACAACUUAGUGGAGUCCAACUUGAUCUGUAAUCAUAUCAGUGGUUCACAAAAUAAGACAAUCGCAAAGGGGGAGCCUGAUUAAUCAUGAGUGUGAUUUCAUUCUGAAUUGGAUGACACAAAGUCUUGUUACCAAUUAAUCAAUACUAUGACAAAUUUGAGAAAGAAAAUAGACAUUGCUUAUUAUUUUUUCAUUAAAAAAAAAACCUACAGUUAACUCUCUGAAAUGCAUGACAGCAAUGCAUGCUCAUGAUGCAUACUGUCCAUUUAGACAAGCAUAACAUCUCAACUGUAAUAUUACAUUGUCCAAUUACAAGCAUGACGUGUUCACUGUCCUCCUAGUACUUAAAGCGGGCUGGUGAUAACCAAUCGCAUUUGAGUAUUUUGUUACAGUUUUGAUUAAUUGUGUAAACGUGACAAUAUUUUAUGAUGAUUAUUUUCUUACAUUCUUUGCAUCUGAAGAAAACUUCACAUGCUGGGCCGACAUCACCAGAUGAUUAUAUAAAGGAACUCAAUAAGUCAGACAUGUCACCUGAACAUCUCUUGAAAACACUGCAGUCUGUGCGAGUGUCACUCACAGGGAGACCACUUAGGUAGGUUGGUUAUCCUGUGCUCUAAGUAAUUCUUAGUUUGUCAAAGUAGUUGAGUGGUGUUAAGAACUCAAUAUGGCAGAAAAAAAUGUACAUUUGUUGGAAAUGAGCAGGUUAUCUGUUUGAUGACAGGUGAAUUUUUCCCUGGUUGUAAGGCAUUGAGCCAAUCACGUUUUUUGAGGGAGAGGGAAGGUAGUGUCCUCAUGGAAAACAAAACAAUGAAAUGUUCAUAUUUUAUAAGUUCAACCAUACUUUACUUUUGAGGAGACUUGCAUUAAAAAUGUAGUAUGGUUGUUUUUGCUUAAUUAUUUUGGUUGAGAGUUUAAAACCAACCCCUCAAAGUUGUCUUUACAGCAAGUCUAUUUCCCCCUCCCUAAUCCUUAACCCUUAAACUCCCAAGAUCUGAUUGCUAAUUCUCCCCUUCAGUUGCUACACAUUACCUUUUAAAUGAGGUAUGAGAGUUUGGUGUUGGAUCAAGAUAACAACUUCUAUUUGAUAAGUUUGGGUAUUCUUAUUUCCUGUCUGCUGGUUAACUUAUGGAUAUUAAAGGAAGAACUUACAUGUUAAUCACUUGGAAGCUAAAGUGUUCAUGAAAUCCCUGGCUCGAUCUUAAGCCUUUAUGACAUUAUCAACUUCUUAAUUGUUAGUUGGAUACAAGAGUUUGGUGAAGAAGGGCUCCAGUGCUUAAUCAAACACCUGAGAGAUUCCUGUUCAAAGGAAGGAAACAUUGAUAAACGAAUACAACACGAGUGUGUGAGGUGUUUGAAGGCCUUCAUGAAUAACAAGGUACAUGUAAUAUCAACGUCAAACAAGAUUCACAAUCAUCAGUUUGUUAGAGUUGGUGACAAAGUCAAUUAAGGAGUUGGUUGUCAUUUGAAUGUUAGAACCCACAUGGCCAUCAGUAUCACUGCAAAACUGAUCAAUCAAUUUUCAUGAACCAAGGUACAGUUAUUCAAAGGGCUGAUAACCUUAUGCAAGAGAUAAGUUGCUAUCCCGAAGAUAAGUGUCAACAAAAUGUACUGUGCUAUCUACUGAAUAAAGAUUUAUCCAAUCAAUGGUGUUAUUCACCUUUCAAACAACCAGGGCAUGAUAUGUAACAUCUCAUUGACAAACAACUCCUGGUUUAAGGCUGAUGAUGCCUUCCACUCAGAAAAGUCAGGCAUGUUCCCAAACAACUGACAACAGGAACAUUUCUUGACGAGCAUUAGGUUAAUGAUUAGACUACAAGAUAAUCUGCACCAUGAGAAACUGAUAUUUAAUUUUGAUUCAAUGGUGGAAUGCAGUGGAUUUAUUUUUCUACCCAACCAUGCAACAAUACACAUCACUUUUGCUCAAAAGGAUCUCCAGUUUUCUCAAUCAUUCCUUUGCUCAACAGUAUGGUCUCAAUAUGAUGUUAAAAAGUGACGACGGUUUGGUAUUGUUGGCGAGAUCAAUGGUUCCAAGCUAUCCCAGUAUGAUGGCUGAUGUUGUCAAGGUGGUAGCUGCAGUGUGUCUUGUCAAGUAAGUCAAUCCAUACAUACAGGAAUUUGUUCUAGAAAUUGGUCAAAGAGGGUCCAAUAGGCCCCAUUCUUUGAUUAUUGGGGGACCCCUGUCAAAAAGGGACCCAAAUUAGGGGCUACUCAAAAAGGUGUUGGAACUUAUUUGUACAGGGUGUAUUGUUGUUAGUGAGAAAACAAAGAAGAGAAAGGCAAUUGAGAUGGUAAAAGGCAGUAAGUUAAACUUUACUUGCACUUUUGUUUGCAGACAUGAUAAAGCCCUUGAGGCAAUCACUCGCUGUGGAGAGCUUGAAAAACAGGGAAGAUUUGUUAAGCUGGUCGAAGCACUAGAUGACGAUCACACAAAUCUAAAGGUGAAACCUCUUACCUAUAUGUUCAUUGUUUGUAUUUCUUUGUUAGUAAGAGUAAUGUUUUGUUGAGUGCCAUGAAAAUCAACUUGGAUUUACAUGCAUAUUUUUAGUCAUGGCACUGACCCCUUCACACUUUCAAAGAGUCAUGAUUUUAAUCAGAUUUAAUUUGUCCAUCAUUUCUUUAGGUUGCUUGUGUACAACUUAUCAAUGCCCUUGUCAGUACUCCAGAUGAAUUGGAUUUCAGAUUGCAUUUGAGAAAUGAAUUUGUUAGGGAAGGCUUGAAUGAGCCAUUACAGGUAUAGCAAAGAGAGCUUAUCAGUCUGUCUAAUUGUGUGUGUUUCUGUCUCUCUUUGUUUGUUUGUUUGUCUGUCCACGGUCUACAGGUUUAUCUCCUAUUUUUCUAUCUUAUCGAUAAGUAUCUCUGUUUUCAUUAGUUAUCUACCUCUGGUAUACUUGCCUUUCAUUGAUUUACUUGCUGUUCAACUCUCUGUUAUGGGUUGGUUUACCUCUGUGCCUUCCUCUCUUCAGGUCCAUCAAUCUGUCUUUCCUGUCAACUGUUCAUCUAUCUUUUAUACUGGUCUGGUCUAUUUAACUGUCUUCCUCUCUGUCUAUCUGUCUGUUUAACAACCAUUGCAACUUCACCAGCAGUUUUAUAAAUUGAUGUUUUUAUUUGAUAUUUUUUAGGAGCUUAGAGAUUUAGAAAAUGAUGAUUUGAAUGUUCAGUUGGACAUUUUUGAAGAACACAGAGAUGAUGACUCUGCUGAAUUCCAGCAGAGAUUCACCGACAUAAAAAUAAACUUUGAGUAUCCUUCGCAUUUCAGUAUAAAGCAUAACUAGGGCAUGAAUAAUGGCCAAGUGUCUGCUCAAGAAAGAAGUACCAUACCUCUAUUUUGUUACAGUCAAGAAUUUUGUGUGUGUUUCACUGAACUUGUUAAAAAUAGAAGCAUUUAAAAAUUAGAUAUCAGGUCUGUGUUCAUGUUAUCCGAGAUAGCUAGAGAGCCACAGAAGGAAAUUAACUGAUCAUUUGUCUUCAUACCUUUAACUUUUGCCUUGAAACAAAAGGAAGACAUGUGAAUUUAAUUUUUGUCUGAAGUGUUCUUUAGAGCAAGCUUUCUGGCCAGUUUGACAUGAUUUUUGAACUGUAUAUGAGAAAACAUAAAAAUCCUGUAAGGUUUGAAGACAAGCCAUAUCUAAAGGUCUUGUCUUUCUCCUCACAUUUGGUUGAAUCAAGAUUGAAGAUUGGUAGUCUCUUUUAAAAAACAGGGUUACAAUCACCUUAACUUUCUAUCAGGGAUCGAAGUGAGAUUAUACAGAUAAUAACAAACCUCAUUCAGGACACUCCAUCAGAACCUAUGUUCCUCUCCAUUCUCCAGCACUUGCUGCUCAUCAGAGAUGAUGUUUAUGCCAGGUACUGUCUCUGUGUGGAUUUCAGUUGUUGAGCCCAAGCCUUGACAAUAUUAAGCCUGUCAAGUUGUAAAUCCAAAUCUAUUUUUGCUCAGACACAACCCAUAUUUGGUCGGACACAUAUUCAUUACUUCAUACCUCAGUAGGAAUGCCCCCUCGUAUCAAAAAAGGUGCUUUUAUUGUACAUCAAGCCUCAAACUUGAAACAGGAAAAGUGAUGCAGGCAUAUUUAAAACCUAAACCACACUCAGGAGUAAAUCAAUGCAUUGUUUUUUUAACACAUAUCUUGUAUUUCACAUUAUAAAGUGUUCGAUGCUUUUACUAAGACUAUAAAUUGAUAUUUACAUUUUAAACUCAUCUGUUUACAAAUUGAUAAUGAAUAUUCAUAUCAAUGGAUAGAAUGCUCUUUGUGAAAGAGUGUUUUCUUCAAAAUGCACAUUUCUCAACUGAGCCAUAUGGUCGUUGACUUUUUGCCGUGUUUUUGUUCACAGACCUCAAUACUACAAAUUAAUUGAAGAGUGCAUAUCUCAAAUUGUCCUUCAUCGAGGUGGAGUUGAUCCAGACUUUGGUCAUAAAAGAAUUGAUAUUGAUGUCGAACCUCUCAUUGGUGAGUUUCCUCUUGUUUGUUUGUUUGUUUUGCAAUUUUCAUUUUUAUGUGUGGAUUUGAGAAGCAUAAGCACAAAUAGUGUGGGGACUCCAGGGCAUGAAAUUAAAAUUUUUUCUGAUAGCCACUUGGCUCCUAAAUUCUUCUAAGUGGUUGCCAAUUCAAAAAAAGUUGGUUGCCAUUUUCAAAGACAAACAAAACCUUUUAUUACGCUGUCAUCGUUCUAGAAAUUAAGUUAGGGAAAAGAUCUUUAAUGUGCUACAAAGUGGACACUAGGAUGGAUGAUAUGUGACAUUCAAGCUUACCUAAAUCCAAGAUGGCAUCUAGUUAUCGAUCGAUAUGCAUGUGCUGUGUUUUGGAAACAAACUUAAUGAGGAAGUUUGCAGCAGAUUUAUCUUUGCAAAUCUUUUUAAUUCACUAUAUCUCUUGAUAAGGUUAUGAUGAAACAUUCUAGUUGCCAAUUUGGCGACUACUUUUCAGGAUUUGGUUGCCAAAGUGAAAACUUUAGUCACAUUGGUGCCUGUAUUAAGUGCAAUUUCACAACCUGGACUCUUAAGGGCAAAUUUUGUGAUGGUAGCAUGGUCGUAAGAGUCUGCAGAGCAUGCAUUGUAUUAAAGAUGGCAGGGCGAUUGUCAUACACAUGAGAUUAGUUGGGGGGAUGUCUGUGGGGAUGACAGCUAUUAUUGAGCAGAACAUGUACUUCAGAAUAGCUCAGAAGUGGAACUACUGGCAAUUCCCUCUUAGGAACUUACUUAUUUCUAGAAGGUAGUAAUUAAAUAUCAAGUUUAUUCUUCAAACUUAAACUUGACCUGUCAAAAGUUGAUUUUGAACUUGUUCUCUUAUCUGUUCAUUGAGUAACAAGCAGGGAACUUGACAAGGAGAGAGUAGAAUGUCACAAUUGUGUUCAUUUUUGUAUUUUCCACAGAAAAUCUGGUUGAAAAAGCUCAGUAUGAGGAAGCAGCUGAAAAAUCUAUGCAGCUGGAAACUAAGGUUUGUAGACAGGAGAGUUUUUUGAUCUUGAGUAACUUCAUUUAUUUAAAGAAGUUGAAAUUUAUUUAGUUGCUUUUACUUUAUUGGAGCUAACAUUUAGUGAUGGUGCAUGUGAACACUGUGGGUCAAACUUUUCUCAACUAUACUAAUGCUGCUAACACUGACAGGGUAGGUCUUCUUGUAUUGAAUGACUUAUCAUGCAGUACAAUUUCAUUUUUUAGCUGGAACUUGAAACAACAAUGCGACAAGAAUGUGAGGCUAAAUUAAAUUUAACGUCAACAAAUUUUGAGACCAAGAUCGCUGCCCUGGAGAAGGAGCUUGCUGAAGCACAUGAACAGGUUCAAUGAUAGUCAUUUUGUGUUGGUUUUAUGCGCAAUGGUUAUUAUGUUAUGUUAAUAAAAUCGUUUUUUUCUGUUUCAGGCUAAGCGAGGUGGCCCUGUAACAGGUAGGCAAAGUUUCAUCUUGUCAAACUAUUUAUCUAUUGUUGUGCCCAUGCUUUUAAGAUGAAUCAGAAAGAGGAAAAAAGCUUAGUCCAAGUGCUGAAUAGCUUCCAUACUGUUUGUUAUGAGUAAUUUUUGAAAUUUUCUAAUCUUGCUUUAGUUGUUUAAAUUCUUAAUAAUUUUCAUAACAAUUGAAGCCUCUUUCUCUUCAAUAAAAGUUAAUUUUUUGAUUUUAAUGCUGUCAGAAAAGUUCAUAUGCAUGCUGUAUUACUACAAAGUGUAAAGUUCCUUGUUAAACUGAUUGCCUUUAGCCUCUUCUUACUUCUAAAACUGGAAAAAACUUGGAAGACUGAUUGACUGAAUAAUAGGCACCAUAAUGAUAUUUUAACUAAUCAAUUAAAUGAAGUAAUUCAGUGAAAUGUAACAAUAACUGUCAGUAGCUUUCCACCACUGUCUCUUGCCUGGAACAAUGAAUUUAACAUUUUUGUUGUCUAAAUCUAUCUUAAAUUUAAACUACAUUAUUCUAAUUGAUGGAACUGUUACCUUGAAUCUUUGCACCAAGUUGAUUGUCAAUAAACCCUGAUUUUCAUUAAUAUAUUUAGUUUUCAUACAACCGAAGAAAUUUUUUGUGUUAAGUUAUACUAAACUUAAAUCAUAAAUUGCUUAUUCUAAAAAUUAAUUUUUGACUUGUGUUGUAAUCUACAUUUUGUUAUUAGUCAGUCAAUCACAGCCCAGAACUGAAGGUGUUGCUCCGCCUUGCUCUCGAGUUUUUAUGAUCCCUUCAUCAUCCUCCACAACCCCUGCACCGCCUCUGCCUCCUCCUCCGCCUCCUCCUCCGCCUGCCCCACCCCCGCCUGCACCCCCUUUUCCCCCUUGGGCAUCUCCUUCAUCAGCAAGUAAGUUAAUUCUUCUGGAUGCCCACAUGCUAAUCUUUCUUUCUUAGCAUUGGUCUUGUGAAGUUUUUAGGGGAGAAUAACCCUAACUAAAUUGAGUAAGCUGAAAAACAUAAAUUUUUGGUGACCUCUUCAUGUCCAUUGUGAAGAAAGACAACCUGCACCACACCUUCUUGUAAAAACCUUGAAGGAAGCUGGUGUUAGUUUAUUACUUUGUAUACACUCCAGAGGUUCAGAAAUAUGAUUAGAACAUUUAGAAUAUACUCAACAAGGUUCUACAAAAUGCAGUAUGUUUACUCUUUGGAAUGCUUGCUUUGUGAUAAGACGUCAGUCAUCCCAUUCUCACACUUACACAUGAUGUGCCAUGGCUUUCAGAGAAGGUCAUUUUUGAUUUCACACGUGAUAUUUAAAGAAGCUUAACCUAAAUAUGUCUCUUAUUUCAAAUGGGAAUUUAUCAGCGAAAUAAAUGAGAUUUAAACAAAAAUGAAAUUUAAGGAAGGUGCAUUUAACUCACUUAAAACUUAAAAACAUUAAUUUUAGCCUGUUCAUAAAUUUUGAAUUUAUGAUUUAAAAAAAUGACUGAAACUGUUGAAGUUUGCUUUCUUGUGGAAAAUAGUAGAUCCUAGUGGGUCAGAAAAUAUGUUAAAUUAAUACGCCAGCUACUUCUUGUUUGAAUUUGUUUGUUUUUUUGUUAUCAACAAUUUAGAUUUUGAAAAUAAUUUAUUUUUCAUCUUUUUAGGUGGCCCCCCUCCACCCCCACCACCACCGGGUGGAGCUGCACCCCACCCCCACCCCCACCUCCUCCUCCUCCUGGAGGUCCACCAGCCCCUCCCUUGCCCCCAUUCCCCGGUGGGGGUCCGCCUCCUCCUCCCCCACCGCCACCUCCUGGUGGUGGUGUACCACCUCCCCCACCUCUUCCAGGUGGUGGUCCACCACCACCACCACCACCUCCACCCCCUGGAAUGGGUGCACCCCCUCCACCAUUUCCUGGCAUGGGUCCCCGCAUGCCGUUUGGGUCCUCUGCGCAUGUGUUACCUCCUGGUGUUGCUCCGAAGAAGAAAUAUAAACAGGACGUGCAAUUGAAGAGAGCAAACUGGAAUAAGGUUUGUGCCGUCAGCUGGUCAUUUUCCUUACCAUUGUGGUUUUCACCUGCCUGCUUGGCUGUUUUGUGGGAAACAAAGCCGCAAGAGGAAUGGGAAGGAGAAUGAGAAGUUCUCCAUUUGGACCUUCACUUAUCAUUUUCGCUCCUCUGUCCUCCUAGCAUAUGUCGAGCGCUUGAAGACGGGUUGUCGUCUUUUUUUAGUAUUCGCUGUCAUUUUUUGCCAUCAUUAUGUCAGUCACGGAUUUUUUCUAUCGUUACAACCCCGUAUCAGUCUUUUCCCGUUAUUUUAUAGAAGUAAAAGUUUUAUUUUACCUACUUCAUGUAAGAGAAUAGUGUUAACAAGGCGUGUCCCAAUUUCCAGAUACAAUUCUGUGGGGCUAUAUAUCUCAUUUAGUAGAAUAAAAGCGAACACGAAAACCAUUAGUUGUUGCGACUGCAAGCUGUUGCUUCCAGGCCAACUCAUGGACAUCACACGUCAGUUUGGUCAGGUGAUUGUAUUAACUCUGUGCUUUGAUCUCCAUUGCUCAGAUUAACAUGAACAAUUUCACAGAAAAUACAUUUUGGGCAAAAACGAAAGAGGAGAAGCUGGAGAAGCCUGGACUAUUUGAUGAGCUGUCGAAGGCGUUUGCCGCAAAAGGCGGUCCGAGAAAGACAGAGAGCGGUGACGGACUGGAAAAGAAAGCAGCGGCUAAGAAAAAAGGCAAAGAUUUAAAGAUUAUCGAUCCAAAAAGCGCACAGAACUUAUGUAAGUGUCGCAAAUGUUUUGUCCUAAUUUUGUUGUAGUUUACAAUGUAUAUAACGUGCCCUCUGGUUGGGUAGCAGCUUCUUCAACACGAGCUCUGAUUGGUUCUGUAGUAUUUCCCUGUUAUGCCGUCUGAUUACUGAGUUACCCAGUGAGUUAGCUGCACCGAGGAAGUUGAUGGCCUGUUUCAUCUUCUGCUCUGGACUUGCAUCUUAAUUAGUAAAGAUAUGCUUUGUUCGUCUUGCAGCGAUUUUCCUUGGCUCACUUAAAUUACCACAUACAGAGGUCAGGAAAUUGAUCAUGAACUGUGAUCAGGUGGUUUUGACGGAAAGCGCCAUAAACUCACUGCUGAAGUAUCUUCCAUCGCCCGAUCAGGUGGGGCCAAGAAACGAGGAAGUAGAAUGGAAAACGAACGAGGGAUCGAACAAACGAACGAGGGACCGAACAAACGAACGAGGAACCGAACAAACGAACGAGGGACCGAACAAACGAACGAAGGACUGAAUAAUAAAACGAGCGACCGCACAUACAAAUUAGGGACCGAACAAACGAACGAGCGACCGAACAUACAACCGAUUGACCCGCCGGCUAAACGAACAUACGAAUGACCUACCGAUGAAACGAACGAUUGACCGACCAGCGCCCGGUGACUGACUGACCUGUCGAUGAAAGAACGAGCAAACGAGUCAACUCUUCGUCUAUAUAAAAGUGUUUCCAAUAUUCAAAUAAAGUAGAUAGAGGAGUAUAUCUAAACUCUCAACACACUUUCUCUCUCGUUUUAGAUGCAACAGCUCGGAAAUAUGAAAGAAAGCUUCGACGAUCUCAGUGAUCCUGAACAAUUCGUUUGCCUGGUAGGUUGUUUUAAGGGAUCAUUGUCUGGAAACUUUAACGUACCUUUGUAGCUAUCAACUUCACAAAACUCACGUCAAGGCAUGUAACAAGAGCUAAACGCGGGUAAAUAAACGCCCUUUCUUAGGCGCGGGAAGAUGUUGCAAUUCGCAGUGAAGGGUGGAAAGUCAUUUAUUGGCGGGAAACUCGCGCAGUCUGCUUGAUUUAUUUCAUUCUGAUUGGUUUUUAAAAGGAUUGCUAUUUUUCGAUUGGCGAAAUAGGCAGGAUUUUUGUUUUCCUAGUAAAUUCAAGGGCUUCCACCUCAGAAGUGUUACUAUGGUAUGGACCAGCAGUUUUGUUCUAGACUGGUUUGAAAGCUUGACUCUUAUUUUCUUUUCGAUUUCCAGCUGAGUGGUAUUAAAAAAUUGGAACAAAGAUUGAACAUGAUGCUUUUCAAGAGGAAGUUUCCUGAAGAAAUGCAAGAUAUUAAACCGGUAAGUUCUUGCCCAGAGCUGAAAGUAAGAAAAGGAAAUCUUGCGGCGCUGAAAAACCAAGAUCAAUUGAGAGAUUUUUAACUUGACUUUGUCGUUAUUACAGUGUACCUAGAAUGAAGAGAAGGAAAGCGCACUUCUUGGCCUCAAUUUCUCUAGGGAGAGGGAGGGGCGAUUCGAAGGAUCGAUGUAAUUGACAGCGUGAAAACUGUCGUUUUUCUCCAUUAGGGGAAAUGUCAAGGUGAUUUAGAGUAGUCGGUAGAUACCAUUUUGUACAAUUUCUAAUCUUGUGUUUCUUUUCGCAGAAUGUUGUAAAUGCAACUGCCGCAUGCAGAGAAGUAAAAACUAGCCCCAAAUUUUCCAAGUUCCUUGAACUUGUUCUUCUCAUGGGCAACUAUAUGAACGCUGGAUCUAGAAACGAGGGAUCCAUGGGAUUUGAAAUGAACUAUCUCACCAAGGUGAGCGAGCUUCAUGCAGACUUCAUGUUGUUUUCUUUUUUCUACUAAAGAACCCAACGCAUUUUCAACUUGAACUGCCAAGGGGAAAACGGGAGAAUUCCAGUCACCCGGCAGUAAAUGGCUUAGAGGGUUUUAAGGGACAUGCCUGUUCGUACGAGUUAAGGGAGAUCCGGGAAAAUCAUUUGUUAGUUAACGAGGCUCUUCUGUUCUUCAACGUAACAUUUAAACACCAGUAUCAAAGCAGCGGGGAGCGCAGUGGCUCAAUGAUUAGUGCACUGGACUCCAGUGGAGAGAGGUCUGGGUUUUAGACAUGUCCGGGUCAUUGUGACGGUGUUCUUGUGCAAGGCACUUUCCUUUCACAAUGCACCCAGGAUAAAAGGGUACCGGAGAAAUAUCAGAAAAAUCUUUUGAAGUGCUGUAGGGUAAUUUUGCGAUGGACUAGCAACCCAUCUAAGGGGUGGGGUCGUUUUACUCCCAGUCACUUCAUGCUUUGGAAAUCGGGAUAACAGCUCCGCUUUAACGCACAACCUGGCUCGAGUAAAGACUUUUACCAAAGCCGCAUUGAAGAGAUUUGUUAUUUUGGGUCUCUUAUUAAGGCGAGGUGACCUUCGUAUCGUAUACCGGCAUUAUUUUCAGUAUCAAACCAGGAAUUUACCAUUAUUACGUUUUGACCACCAUCCGUGUAAUAGGAGUUGGUCUGGUUUGCCCUCUUCCCUUAGUGCAGGUGUUUCACGACGAUUUUAUAACAACACUUGCGCUAGGAAGAGGACCCAAAACGCCUCACUCUUUCGGGAAAACUGCCGUACUCUUUAUAUUUGUUUAAAAUUUUUAGCGUUGAAGUCAAUUUCUUAAUUUUAGGAAGCUGUUUAUUUUCCUUUGCACUUAGCUCUGUAAUCCUCUUGGUAACACAAUGCUUGAGUCGACUGAUGUUUUACAUCGUUCUCUGUUUUUCAGUUGAGUUCAACUAAGUCUGUGGACGGUCAGUUGACUUUGGUUCAUUUUCUGGAUGACACGAUAGAAAAAAAAUAUCCCGAGAUUUCAGGUUUUGAAAAGGAGCUGACACACGUUGAACAAGCUGCUAGAGGUGAGAGGUCCCUUGUCGCGUCACGCAAUUCUUUGGUUAGGUAGGCGUGUCAUGCAACGUGACAGCAAAACGUCUUCCAAAUAACCCUUUUACUACCAAAAUCUUCUUAAUUCUUCUCUCUGUCUGCCAUACAACUGUCAACAUAUUACCUGAAGUUCGGAGAAUUUGUUAUUGGAUCAACUAACAAUCCCCAAACUGAUAUAAUUAUUUUCUUUAUUCUCAUCACUUGUCUAUUUGAUGUUGUAUUAAUAUUGUAAGGAGAAAUUCUGUCUUGGUCACUUAUUAAAGGAAGAUGAAAGUAAUGGAACAAAGAAAAUAAAGGAGUCAACUUAAGAGCCUAGAAAAAUUGUGAUCAGUAUUAGUAUCUGGAUAACUGCCCACCUACCCCUCCCUUAACCCAACACUAACCCUAAAUUGUUAUCAAUAGACUGUUGUUGAGUUAGGGGAGGGGUAGGUGGGCAGUUGCCCAGAUACUGAUAUUGAUCCGAAAAAUCGUAGUGAAAAAAAAAAAAAAACGUUCACAGGUUUGUCGGCCAAGGUUAAUUCGUAUGAUGAGUAAAUUACAACAUGAUGACUUACAAUAGGGUUAAUGAAAAGUCGUUUUAAAUAGGAAAACUUGAGCAUAACUGAAUGUGGAUCAGCUGCAUGUUUUUUCUGUGGAAAGAGUAUUGAAUUGUACCUUAAGCUUGCCGACUCGAUGUUCCGAUUUACCGUUUAAGGCGCCAUAUUGAAAUGGUAAGAUGGAGGAAAGCCUGAUACAAAAAAUUGCACGAGGGAGGCAGGGGUAAGAAAGACAAAUUAGUGAGGGGGGAGGGGCUUAGGUAAAAUUUCUUCGACCCUACGCCCCAUCCCUCCUUCUUAGUUUUCACGCUCCAGGCUUUCCUCGAUCUCACCAAUUCAAUAUGGCGACCUCAACAUCUAGAUGUUAAGCAUCCGCUUGCAAUAAAACACUCCUGAUGUGCAUGUUACUCAGCCUUCUGCCGAGCUCCUUAAAAUUUUUUGUCACAGAAUGUGGGAUUUCAAAGCGUGCAAAGUGGAGAUGUCUUUAUGCCAGUCCUUUGAUAAUCAGGCUGUUACGAAGUGUUGUCCUGGUAGAGUUUUUUUUUAACAAUCAUUUUACUCUCCAUGUUUAGUAUCGGAGGAAAUUCUUCAGAAAUCAAUUAACAGCAUGCAGGGAAACCUCAAGAAGCUCGAAAAAGAAUUGGAAACCUAUAAACCGCACAAUGAUCCAGAAGACAAGUUUCUACCGGUCAUGGAGAUAUCCUUUUCUAUGUGACCUUUGUUGUUGUAGUGUUAAUAUUGCCAUUUGCCGCUGAUAUCUUGCGCCAAAUUUUUCAUUCUUAGGGCGUUUAUCUCAUAAAAUUCAUAACUAUAGACCCAUAAUAAUUAUGAAAAUCAUGUUUCACCGUUGCGAAUUCUAUUUUAUGCGUGUUUGUCGAGAAGUAUAAUUUUUUUUCUUGUUCCCGAGAGAUUUAAGCACAACGCCCCGAUCAACGGGAUUUGCAAGAGUCAAACGUGAAGAUAGAUCCUUGUAAUGAAUUCUUGGAUGAAAAGAGACUGUUUGCGAGAGAUUUCUUUGACAAUACUCACGGCUUUUAUAAAAGCGCCAAAGACCAAAUAGAUGUCCUGGUUGAGAUGCACAAAAACAUGACCACAAUGUACAAGGAGCUGGUGGAGUAUUUCUGCUUGGAUACCAAGAAAACUUCCAUGGAGGAAUUCUUCGGUGACAUCAAAACCUUCUUAGACUGCUAUGAGGUAAACGAAAACGGACAUUUGGCUGGUUAGUUUCCAGUACUUUUGAGUCCUCGUGCUUUUAUUGUAUUAGAUAAUAGAUGAAGGUCGAAAACUUAAUGAAAACGGAAAACUGGACUUUGGGUGGGUUGGAGAAUGGUUUGAAUGGUUUUUUUUUUUAACGAGUGUAACGCGAAGCGUGGUAACCAUUUUUUUCCACAUUAAGAAUCCAAUAUGCAAAUGUUCACUCUCUCACUCAGGUGUAGACACUGUAGUAGUUAGUCGGCCCGAACUCAAGAAUGCCCGAGCAAUCUCACGAAGUGAGACCAGAAAUACCACGGGGUGAACUUGAGUUCUUUUAAUCAAUCUUCACGUUGUACACGCGAAUUUUCAUCUUCAAAACUAUUUUUGUGGUUUAUUAUUUGUGGCUUGGUGAGUUGUCUUCUUGCUGAGUUUUCUCAGCUGAGGUAACCUAUGUUAUUUGUUGAUAUUGUAGAACGCGAAAAAGGACAAUGCAAAACGAAAAGAGAAAGAAGAAAAAGAUAGAAAGGCAAGAGAACGAGCGGUAAGGUUUUGUUCUUUGUUAGAGCGACAUGACUCUUGUUAUACUUUCUUUGAAUUACUUUGUCUUUAAAAUAAGACGCAAAAGACUUCACUUUCAGGCAGGCUUUUGGGUUUUUAUAGGCCUGAGUUCCCCUCUCAUCGCUUCUAGCUCAACAAUAAGUUUCUUAGUCUGUUGACAGCCGUUUCACUGCGCGAUGCGAGGGUGUAGCGUGAGGAACCCUCGCGUGUUCGCUUUCGCUGUCGCGUUUGCGUUUGUUUCCGCGUUCGUUUAUGCGUUUCCGAUCGUGCUCCUGGUAUUCCACGCGGCUCAUAUUUUGCUCGCGCUCUGAACACUAUUAAAAGAGGAAAACAGAAAGUCUUUGAACAGACCAUUUGUCUCUCCUUGGACUUCGAAAGGUCUUGUACCGCUGGUGAGUUUGAUAAACAGUUGCCUCAGAAGUGUGCUCGCACUGCCUGAAGUUCUAAAGAAGUUUAUUUCUUGCAUUUCAGGAAAAAGAAAAAGAAAAGAAGAAGAGAGCAGAGGCUGAGAAAUCCAAACGAAAACCUGUUGUGGAUAUAAAUGCAGGUUUGUGGCAAGCUCGUGUUUUCAUUGUAAUAUUAUAGCACCGCUUGGCAAACUGGAAAAGUGAUUGAUUAUCAUAAAUUCUCCGUUCUUUGUCAAUGCGAACAGUGCUAACUGUCUGUGAUUCACUUGCUUUCCCGCGCUAGGUACAUGUUACUUGUUUAGUUCCUUGUCCCUUAGCCUUUUGACAUGUUAUUUCGCUUCUCUUCCCUUGAAUACUUUUUAUUCCUCCUAGCAAAUGUUUUAAAUGUUGUAGUUGACUGUGGCUUUUAUCAACCUUUUUAACUUCAAACAUGUUAAUGAUAAUUCCCUUACCAGCUUCCUUAGACGAGAAAAUCUGGACUUUAUCCCGAGAAACCCACACACUGACGAGUUCGUCUGUUCAUAAAAACUCUUUUGCUGUAUAAUGUGUUGAAGUUGUGGGGAAUAGUUACAAUUUCAUCAGUUCAGGGAUUUCUGAUAUCGAACUCGUUGCUUCUAUCAGAUUUUUCUGGCGGCAUUAUUAUUGGUUAUCUUUCACCCCUUGAAAUAAAACGAAAACUGAAAUAUUUUUUUCUUUGUUGCAGAUGACGAUCAGGAAGGAGUGUUAGAUGGUCUCAUGGAGGCGCUCAACACAGGAUCUGCCUUCAGAGAUCCGACCCGACCCGCGCGCAAAAAGGCGGGAGGUAAAAAAGGUAACACAAUCUCUUUGCAACGCAAGUGACAUCUGUAACGCCAGCUUUACCGUCACGAAAAUGUCACGCACAUCACUAAUGUUCUCUUCCAUCUUUUCAGCUCGACCUGUGGACUUACGCCGGUCACGGACUCGCACAAAUAUACCUGUACAGAAAAUAAUGGAGGCUCAAAAUGCUGUCGACGGGCAGCACAAUGCAGUAGAUAUUAAUAUCGAUGAUCAGCCCGUCGCUCCUUCAAGACGGAAAAAAGAUGACAGGCGAGGAGGAGGAGGAGAGAAGAGCGGGGAGGGCCUUGAAGAUGAAGCGCAGGACAUUUUGGAAAGAUUAAAGAAGUUAUGAGCGUUUCAAGAUGAGAGGAGGUUUUUCGUGGGACAGUGCAUCAUGUAUUGUACUCUAAGUGUAAACAAAAACUGCAGCCCAGGCAGGAAUAUCUCCUAUUUGUUUUUGAGAGUUCAUUGUGAUUUAAACCACGAUGUGUUAACUGCUACUUUGGGUAAAAUGUGUUUUUGACGCUCAUCGAAGCGAUGGCGAAAAUUAAGAAGUGAAGAUGAUUGGAAAUGUUAUGAAAAUUCGAUUUCACGAAACACGGAAAUUUGUUUAAUUCCAAACGACUGACUGCAAGGCUGAUUGAUGCUGUAAAUGCAAAAAAAGUGGAAAACGUGUAACCUAACAAUGUGCGUCACAUUCCGAUAAUCUUAAAAUGUAUACUGCUUCUGAGAAUCAUUUAUUUCUAAGUUUUCAUCAUUGCAGUCAUGUACAAGGCGUAAACGCCGAUAAAUUACGUACCACGUCGUCUAUGUUCCAGUGUACAAAAACUUAAAGAAAAGAGUCAAAAGCUUAUCUAGCCAGUAUGUUCUUCCUUACUUGCAUACAUAUAUCAUAGCAACACUAAUUUUGGUUUCCAAAGUGAUUUGCCGACAUAGUUUUAAUGUCUUAUGGUGAAAAUUUUUGGUUGCUUGUUCAAUAUUCAAUAAUUACUUUAAAUUGACACACCAAACUAGGUGAAAGCGGAAUAGAGUGUAUCAUAUCUAGGCCGGGCAAUGUGAAAUGUACAUUAUUAAUCGUGGAGGGGUAUAGUUUGGUCUUGUAAGAUUCAUUUAACGAAUAUUUGUGUAAGGGCGGAGCCGUAGGGGGAUCUUCUACAAUCCUCUCACCCAACUGAAUUGACGAGUCUCCGUAAUCCUUGGGUUUUUGCUUAGUUUGGUAUAUCAGAGCCACGGAAAACUUUCUGUUUUUAUCAGUUGCUUAGCUCUUUGAAUUUUAUUUAAAGAGCUAUGAAGAUAAUUUGAAAAUGAGGACAAAAAUUUGUACGUUUUGAAAGAGGAGUUUAGGCAUCUUUAUCACUCCUUGCGUUCAUGUGAAAUACGUGUUGUGCAGGUCGCAUCGCGUGAUUUUUUGUCACAUGCCUGUUCUCCUCUUUGUUGAGUCACGUAACGAGUGUUCCCGGUAUUACGUAACGACCAACGUGGACAGUCUGCAAUAGAUUGGGUUGAAACAACAGCGAAGCACCGAUGAUUACAAACAAUGCUUCUCAAUCGAAAUAUUUUCGCUUAUGUUGUAAAUGUACAGCGAUUCCGUAAAUUUUAAACUCAAGUGAGUCUUGUAUUCCUGUACAGAGGUAAGAUUGCAUUAAUGUUGAAUAUGAAUAAAGCAAAAACACGAU